AGAGAGAGAGAGGAGAGGAGAGCCCAUUACAUUACAUUACAUUACAUUACAGAGCAUACCAAUUCCAUGCAUGAAAAUGGGAUGAUGGUGAUGGCGAUGGCGAUGGUAGGGAUGAUGAUGGCUCCUCCUCUGCAUUCUUGAUAGGAAUAUCAAAGUUUGCUCCUUUGCAGUUGAGUCUCUCCCUUGGUAAUCUGCACAAAAAAAAUAAAUAUAUCCCACCUUUCUCUCUCCCUCCCUCUCUCUCUCUCUCUCUCUCUCUCCAUUCUCUCCUCCCUUCUUCUAUAUUCACUCUCACACACACUGACCUUUACCUACACUCACACCACCACCUCCAACUCCUCCACCACUGCCAGCACUCCCUUUGCAUUCCCCUAACGCCUCCCGUCCCCUCCGAUUCCCAUCCACCGCCGAAGCCGCCUCCUUUCCGCUGCUUCGUGUCCAUGGAAUCGUGACGGUGGCAUAUGUCCUAAGUGAUAUUUGAAGUUGGAGCUUUCUUUUGAUUUCGAAGGUUGUCUGUCGAUUGCACUGAAGUUUUCUUCUCUGCCUUUUUAUGUUGAAGAGCUCUCUCAGGUAGAGACUGCCCUGUAUCACGCCAGAAAACUUGUUUCUGAUCGUUCUCUGGAACUCUGUGGUUAAUCUGUCAGCAAAUGGGCGAGAAUAAGAGGGAGGUAGAGACUGACGAAGUGGAUCUGCUUCUUGACGAGAUUCCAAAGGCCACUUCUGGUAAUCCACACUACGAGGAGUUCCAACCGAAAGCAGUCCUGAUCGAUUCCUGCAAGGGACCUUACAGCGAGAAGUUCCCCAAAAACAGGAGCCCUCAGCAGAGAAAGAUGGCAUCGGUAAAUGGAGUUCAAAAUUCACUAGCCAAAACUGCUCAAGCAAAUGAACCAAAACUGCCUGACGAGCAGUCCUUGACCUCUGCAUUUGCCGAACUUAAUGUUAGUGAUGGUUUGGGAAGCCAGUAUGCUAAAGGCUUAGGCAUGCAUCGCUUAAAUGCAGAUACAAAGGUCAGAAAUUCAGGCUUUGAUGGCAUUUCUGGGGCUAGAGUUGCACAAGAAAAUCCAGAUGUCUGUUGGGUCGAUCCUCUCGGGCUGAAAAGCCACCGAGUAGGCGGGAGUUACCAGCAAAUUGAUAAUUCUACCGGCAGCAUCUCAAUGACUAAUGAUGGGGUUCAGUUUGUACCCAAUUUACCUGUCCAUGCUCUUGACACUCCCACAGCAAAUCAGCAGCAGUACCUGAUGAACCCACAAUCUCUGCUCCCUUACUUGCGCUUGCCACAUAUAGACCAAUCUCAGGCUGCUUGGAGGAACAUAGAAGAGGAGAACUUCUAUAAGUUGUAUCAGCAGAGCCUUUACUACCAGCAGCUCUUGAAUCAUCACUUUGAAGCUCAACAUCCUGUUCAAUCGAAUAUUACACUUGGUCCAAAAAGGCAGCAACCACCCUAUGAGAUUCCAGUCUCUCAAUGUCUGGAACGGCCGGACCAAGAAGCGUUCUUACAUGGAUAUGGACUUGCGAGAUGCUUGAAGCCGCAGAGUCUUAUUCUCUCCCCCUCAGAUGCUCGCGCAGUUCAGGCCUUGGAUAGAAUCUCUCAACAAGGUUCUGCAGCAAAAAACAUGACGAGAUCAAAUGGCAUAAAUUCCUUAAGAUCUGUGAAACUCGGCGCUGUCGAUGAUACGAUCAAUCACGUCAGCCAAAAUGGCAGAGGGACCUCAAAUGGUCAAUUUUACCCCAGCCUCUGUGGUACAAACAACAGUAAAUGCUUUCAGGAGGAUAGGCUGAACUACUUCAGAAGUUGCGACUCAAGGCUGCUUCCUUUCAAGUAUAACAACUGUGAGGAUGAAGUGAGCAAUAGAACUCACCUUAUGGCUAAGGACCAGCAUGGGUGUAGAUUUUUGCAGAGGAAGAUCUCUGAAGGGGGCCCGAAGGACGUCGAGAAGGUGUUCAUCGAGAUAAUUGACCACAUUGUGGAGUUGAUGACUGAUCCAUUUGGUAAUUACCUUGUCCAGAAGCUUCUUGAAGUCUGCAACGAGGAUCAGCAGACAAGAAUACUCCAAGUGAUCACGAGAAAUUCUGGGGAUCUCAUCCGAAUAUCAUGUGAUAUGCACGGGACUCGGGUGGUUCAAAAAGUGAUUGAGACCCUUAAAACUCCGGAGCAAAUAUCCAUGGUGGUGAACUCACUGAGGCCCUGCAUUGUGAUUUUGAUGAAGAACACAAAUGGAAAUCAUGUUGCUCAGCGCUGUUUACAGCAUUUGAUGCCCGAGUAUAGUCAGUUCCUCUUUGAUGCUGCAGCCGCUUACUGUGUGGAGCUAGCAACAGACCGCCAUGGCUGUUGUGUGCUUCAGAAAUGUCUGAACUAUGCUGGUGGUAAGCAAAGAAGGCGCUUAAUCCAAGAGAUAACCUCCAAUGCUUUAGUCCUUUCACAGGAUCCCUUCGGAAACUAUGUAGUGCAGUUUAUCUUUGAGCUCCAAAUUCCACAAGCAACUAUCGAGAUUCUCGACCAAUUGGAGGGUAACUACGCCGACUUGUCCAUGCAAAAGUACAGCAGUAAUGUUGUUGAGAAAUGCCUUGAAUAUGGUGGAGAAGAACGCCGUGGCCAUAUAAUACAAGAGCUGAUAGGUAAUCCCAGGCUCGAUCAAAUCAUGCAGGACCCUUAUGGCAAUUUUGUCAUUCAAGCUGCGCUGAAUUGGUCAAAGGGAGCUGCCAAAUCCGCUCUCGUCGAGGCAGUAGAAGCGCAUGUCCCCCUGCUCCGAACUAGCCCAUAUGGGAAGAAAGUCCUCUCCUGCAGCUCCCUCAAAAAGUGAUCUUUCCGAUCACAGCAGAAGCUAUCAGGGGCUGUUGGAGGCGUGUGCAACCUGUAAAUUUUGGAAGAUUUUGGGAAGCUCCAAGGAGAGUUGAACCUCUCAACAGCUCAAGAUAAAAUGGACAGACAGGACAGGAGGAGUCCUUUUUUGGUUCCUUUCUUUUGUUGUUAUCAAUCUUAUCGUGUCCUUUUCUUGCUGCCUACAGUACCAUAGUAGUACUUGUAGAGAGAUGCAUCAGAUGUUCAGUUGUUUUGUUAUCUUUUCACCAUAUAGGAAUAAGACAGAGAGUCCUGGGAAGGCUUAGCUGCUGCUGGCUGGUCCAGUCCAGCCCGGAGCCGGAGAGGUUGGUUGGGAAGAGGAAGAAGAGCCUUGCUUUUCCUUCUGUUCUUUUUUGUGGUAUAGUAGUCAUUGGCUUUCAUGGCCCUUUCAAAGUCCUGUUCUUAAAUGUACAUUUCCCCUUGUUACAUCAUGAAACACCCCUUUUUGUUCCGUAAUUAAUCUCGGAAUUUAUGA